GGCAGUCUGGGCUGGGUCUGCUUGCUGCUUACAAGGAGAGGCUCUUUGGUAUUCAUGCAGUGAUAACCUAAUCUUUUUCUCCCCUUUUUUUUAAUCCCUUACCCCCUUUUCACUCACAAGGGAGUCUCAUGUCUUUCUUAUAGACAUGAUGGACUUUGUACAUUUAAGGACUUUCCUUUUUUUGGUGCUCUCCAUCGCUCAGGUUUUGAUUGUUACAUGCCAGGAUGAUGGAGACGAUGGCAGCUGCACAGCAGAUGGCCAAGUGUACCCGAACAGGGACAUCUGGAAACCGGAGCCGUGCCGAAUCUGCGUCUGCGAUAACGGUCAGGUCCUCUGUGACAAUAUCCAAUGCGAAGAGCUGACCAACUGUGAGAAGAUGUUCAUCCCCGAGGGAGAGUGCUGCCCGAUUUGUCAGAGCGAAACCUCGACUGGCGGAGGCGGCGGGGGCACUUAUGGUGGGGGCAGAAUCUAUAAGGGCCAGAAAGGAGAGCCUGGUGAUGUCCCAAUUGUGACUGGUAUUCGAGGUCGUCCUGGACCAAUGGGACCACCUGGUUCACCAGGAGAAAGAGGACCCAGAGGAAACAAAGGAAGACCCGGCCUGCGAGGCUCUCCAGGUUACGACGGAGAGCCCGGAGUUCCAGGUCAGCCUGGUGAACCUGGACCACCAGGACACCCGACGCACCCAGGAGGCCUUGGGGCGCAGAUGGCUGGAGUGUUGGAAGGAAAAAAUGCACCGCAAGGCAUGUUAAGUGGCUCAAGGGGUGAAUCUGGAGCAAGAGGACCUCCUGGGCCAACUGGUUCGCCUGGUCAAGCUGGACCACAAGGAUCUCCAGGAGAUGUUGGCGAUCCAGGGCAUAUGGGUCCGGCUGGGCAAAGAGGACCUGAGGGUACUCUAGGGAAACCAGGAGAAGACGGUGAAUCAGGCAAGCCAGGAAAUACGGGAGAAGUUGGGUUCACGGGAUCACAGGGAGCAAGAGGAUUUCCAGGUACACCAGGGCCUCCUGGCCUAAAAGGUCACAGAGGGCAUGGAGGACCACUUGGGCAAAAAGGAGAGUAUGGAGCCGUUGGAUCCAAGGGUGCCACAGGCCCACCUGGUCAAAUGGGAGGACCUGGACCAAUGGGUCCUGCUGGGAUGCCUGGAGAAAGGGGCCGAUCUGGACCAGGUGGUACAGCGGGCAAGCGUGGUCUACCUGGUAACGUUGGAAAACCAGGUCCAAUGGGUCCCCUGGGUCUCAGUGGCCCUCCUGGAUAUCCGGGAACACCAGGCAUGAAGGGACAACCAGGCCCUACAGGUGUUCGGGGUCCAGAGGGUCCUCAGGGACAAAGAGGAGAGACCGGUCAUCUGGGAAGACCUGGACCAGUUGGCCUAAGGGGACCCUUGGGUACAGAUGGCGGCCCAGGAGUAAAAGGACCAGUGGGAAACCUUGGUCCACAAGGCCCAGGUGGGCACCUUGGACCCUCCGGCCCUCCGGGACCUCAGGGAAGCACCGGCCAGCCUGGCAUCAAAGGACAACUGGGAGAUGUUGGUGUACCAGGAUUUAAGGGAGAGGCUGGACCCAAAGGAGAAGUUGGUCCCCAUGGAUCCCAGGGAGUGAUUGGACCUCAGGGUGAGGAAGGGAAGCGGGGACCUCGGGGAGAUUCCGGAACUGUUGGUCCCCUUGGUCCUGUUGGUGAGAGAGGUUCCCCAGGGAAUCGAGGAUUCCCUGGUGCUGAUGGGCUUCCUGGACCGAAGGGUUCUCAAGGAGAUCGUGGAACAUCAGGCCCAUCAGGACCAAAAGGUUCCUUAGGAGACCCAGGCCGUACAGGAGAACCUGGUCUACCAGGUGCAAGGGGUCUUACUGGUACUCCUGGAGUCCAGGGGGCAGAGGGAAAGCCAGGGCCACUGGGUGCGCCUGGUGAAGAUGGUCGCCCGGGCCCAGCAGGCUCCAUUGGCAAUCGAGGGCCUGCAGGAACAAUGGGAAUACCUGGCCCCAAGGGAUUUAAUGGUGACCCGGGAAAGACAGGUGAACAAGGAUCUGCAGGAGUAGCUGGUCAAAGGGGUCCCCCUGGAAAAGAUGGAGAGGUUGGCCCAGCUGGCCCACCUGGUCCAUCCGGUGUUGCAGGUGACAGAGGAGAACAGGGCCCUCCAGGUGUAAAUGGGUUCCAGGGUUUACCAGGAAAUCAAGGUCCUCCUGGAGAAUCCGGGAAACCGGGUGACCUAGGCAUUCCGGGAGAGCUCGGUGCUGUUGGUCAAAUUGGACCUAGGGGUGAGCGUGGAAUUCCUGGGGAGAGAGGCGAGCUGGGUCCAAUUGGUCUGCAGGGACCCAAAGGAAUCCCUGGAGCACCUGGUCCUGAUGGGCCUAAGGGUAGUCCUGGUCCUCCUGGUGCCCUUGGUGAUGUGGGUCCUCCAGGUCUUCAGGGAAUGCCAGGAGAAAGGGGCAUCUCUGGCCCCUCUGGGCCGAAAGGUGAUAGAGGUGCCAUUGGCGAGAAAGGAUCCGAAGGUACACCUGGAAAUGACGGCGCAAGGGGUGCACCUGGACCUGUCGGCCCGUUAGGACCUGCAGGGUCCAGUGGUGAAAAGGGAGAACCUGGACCUAAAGGACCAGCUGGACCUCUAGGUUCUAGAGGGGUCCCUGGAGCAAGAGGCGACCCUGGCCCAAUCGGUGCGGUUGGUUUUGCUGGACCACCUGGCCCUGAUGGCCAACCUGGAGUAAAAGGAGAGACUGGAGAGCCUGGCCAGAAAGGAGAUGCUGGUUCCCCAGGACCUCAAGGCUUAGCUGGUGCUCACGGUCCUCCUGGGCCCAUAGGUGUUGCUGGACUAAAAGGCGGAAGAGGAACACAGGGUGCACCGGGGCCCACUGGUUUCCCUGGAUCUGCAGGAAGAGUUGGCCCACCAGGUCCAACUGGUCCAGUUGGUGAACCUGGACCACUAGGAGCUCCUGGAAAAGAGGGCCCUGCCGGUCUUCGUGGUGACUAUGGAGCAAAUGGAAGACAAGGAGAGCGAGGACCACCAGGACCUUCGGGAAGCCCAGGAGACAAGGGAGAUUCUGGAGAAGACGGCCCUACGGGUCCUGAUGGUCCUCCAGGCCCAGCUGGAACUACAGGCCAGAGAGGCAUUGUGGGUCUUCCAGGUCUGCGAGGAGAACGGGGAAUGCCAGGUCUCCCAGGGCCAGCAGGUCCACCAGGAAAACAGGGAUCCCCUGGAUCAACUGGAGAUAAAGGCCCUCCAGGACCAGUUGGUGUUCCAGGAGCCAAUGGGCCACGUGGUGAUCCUGGUCCUGAUGGCCCUGCCGGCUCUGAUGGUCCACCAGGCAAAGAAGGUGUUCUUGGACAACGGGGAGACAGAGGCGAUCAUGGUCCAGAGGGUUUGGCUGGUCCUCAGGGACUUCCCGGCCCCCCAGGUCCUGUUGGUGUAGCUGGAGAAGCCGGAAAACGAGGAUAUGCUGGCUCAAGAGGACCUGUUGGUCCUCCCGGAUCAGCUGGAAAGAGAGGGCUGCUGGGACCCCAAGGACCACGGGGAGAUAAGGGUGAUUUGGGUGAUCACGGAGAGAGAGGGCAGAAGGGUCAUCGUGGAUUUACUGGUUUGCAGGGUCUUCCUGGACCUCCUGGUACAACAGGUGAACAGGGAGCUUCUGGAAUUAUUGGACCAAACGGUGCAAGGGGGCCACCUGGUCCCAUCGGGCCCCAUGGAAAAGAAGGAUACAUAGGACAACCUGGGCCGAUGGGACCUCCAGGAACUCGUGGAAUCACAGGAGAAAUUGGACCAGAGGGCCCUCCAGGAGAAAAUGGACCCCCAGGCCUUCCUGGACCACCUGGACCUCCCGUGGCAGCUAUGGAUGAUCUGUUUGGAGGCCUUCACGACUACGAAGAUGCCCCCCCUCCUCCACCAGAGUUCAGUGAGGAUGAGGCUCUACCGAACACCAACUCCUCCACCGUCCUAGCGGUGGACCCCGGCGUGCAGGCCACCCUGAAAGCCCUCACCAGCCAGAUUGACAGCAUGAAGAGCCCAGAUGGCAGCAGGAAGCACCCUGCCAGGACCUGUGAUGACCUCAAGAGAUGCUACCCCUUGAAGAAGAGCGGUGAAUUCUGGGUGGACCCCAACCAAGGCAGUGCAGAGGACGCCAUCAAAGUAUACUGUAACUUGGAGACAGGGGAGACCUGCAUCUCUGCCAACCCAUCCAGCCUACCUCGUAAAAACUGGUGGAGCUCUUCCAAGAACAAACCUGUUUGGUUUGGAGCUGACAUCAACAGAGGAACACAUUUCACUUAUGGUAACAAAGACCAGUCGGCAAAUGCCCUCAGAGUCCAGAUGACCUUCAUUCGCCUUCUGUCCAAAGAAGCGUCUCAGUCCAUCACCUACCACUGCAAGAACUCUGUGGGCUACAAGGACCAGAAGACAGGCAACUUGAAGAAGGCCGUGCUGCUCAAAGCCUCCAAUGACCUGGAGCUCAAAGCAGAGGGAAACAACCGCUUCAGAUACACCGUGGUGGAAGACUCCUGCACUCAAGCAAAUGGCAACUGGGGCAAGACAGUGUUUGAGUACAGGACACAGAAAACUGCCAGACUUCCCAUUGUGGAUAUUGCCCCUGUGGACAUUGGCGGCCCAAAUCAAGAGUUCGGUGUCGAUAUUGGGCCAGUGUGCUUCUUAUAAAAGGGAAAUAAAUAAAUAAAUAAAUAAAUGUCAGCGGGUAUAUGCACAUCCUGAGACUAUUGAACUGACAGCUGACCCAGAUCAGCCACGUUGUACAUACGAGUACUGAGGACUUUUCUGGCCCUGUGGCAAGAUAUUUAUUGUGCCUUUCAACUCAGAACACAUCCAAAGAUUUGUAAGUUAGACGAAGAAUGUUUAAAAUUUUAGUUAAGAAUUGGUAAUGUCCGAAUCAUUCCUUUUUGUUUUACAAUGUAUGUCUUGACUUUCUAACUCAAAGGUCCAAAGUUCCCAGAUUUUCUUACACUUAAACGUAAAUGUCCAAAUAAAGAUCUAUGAAUUAGAAAUGUUUACCUUGUGUAUCAGACCAUAGAGUUUAUAUGCAGUGGACCCACCUCAAGGAGACAUAAUAUGAAGUUCCCAGGUAUGCUUUCAUCAAAAUACCCCAAGGAUCAAGAAUUACAGCCAACACACUUUAAGCCUCCCGGAACCUAGUGUGUUUUGAGGGGGCGGUCCUGUCUCAUGACAAAUUGCGGAACCAAUGUGGGGUACGGCUUUUGUCAUGCUGGGGUGGAGCUAGGGGACUUCUAUUUAUGGAAGCUGAGCCCAGAGUUUGGGAAAAAAGUAAGCGUCCUUAAACACAGGAAAAGCUUUUUCACUCACGGAGGCAGCACUUCAUGCACGUGUCGAUUAGUGUGGAAUAUCCAUGCAUCGCCAAACACAAAUACCCACCACCCUCGGCAACUUCACCUACCAGUCAAGUAUGUGCCGUUAUCAGAGGCUAAUGCUUUGAGCUAAUGCUAAUCUGUUCCUCCAACAAAACUCCGUGUUUGGCUGUGGCUUGGAAGUGGCGGAUCUUUCCCCAGCCUAGCUGCCAAGUCGUGGACGGAAAAAGUAAAUGUGGGGGCGGUACUAUGUAAAUUUAGAACGGCUUGCUCACUGACACAUUUUAAGAAAUAGGGAGCUCACAAAAGGUUGACUUGAUUGUUGUAAAUUCACACUUGUUAAGUGGGCAGGCAAACAGAGACCAAACUGUUUGUUAAAAGCCAUUAAAAGUCAAUUUUCACCACCCACCCUAAACUCUUGUUUUUAAAAUUCCUACGUGCUUAAUAAGACAUUUAGAAUGAACCUAUUUUUUUGUAUCCAUUCAUUUAGAGUCAGCGUGGACUACUCUGAUCCUUCCCCAAAAGUCCCAAUUGCCAAAUUAGCUACCUCGUCAUCAAGACUGACAUCCAUACAUAUAUGACGCAACAUGUAAAUGUUCUUUCACAGGUGCUGUUUUGUAAAGUAGCAUGACAUGAACUACUCCAAGCUAUUGCAGUGUACAGCUGGGUUUGUGGGUGCCAAUAAAGGUCUUUCCAUCUUACCACGGAGAGAUGACGAUGACGUCAGUGUGAAUCAUGUGUGGUGCUUUGUAACUUUGUUCUUUUUUUAAUCCUAAUUUUUGCAAUAUUGAACAGUAAAAGGUAGCACAGAUUAUUCCGUUUUUUAUGCAUGUCAAACCUCCCUUUUCAGUAUCCUUGGUUAAUAUAUUAUAUAGAAAUCAUUUACCAGUUUUUUUUUAUAAUUAGAAAGGUGGCUCUGAGUGCUUAUUUGCUUUGUAUCUCCUGCUAUGCAACAAAUUAAACAAAAUGCUUGUUAAUCCCCCAAACUCUUGUCAUGUUAAUUAAGGAAUAGCAAGGUUUAUGUUUUCUUAAUUUUGUCUUUUUGCACACAAAUUGACAAACUGUAUUGAUAAGACAUGUAUUUAGUACAAUAAUAUGUCCUCUUUGUAACUUGAGCUGUUGUAUGUGCCUUUAACCCUCCGGUUAUGUUUCGGGUCAAAUUGACCCAUUUUAAAGAAAUUCUUUAGCAGUAAGUGUAGUGUCUUAAUAAGUGUAAUCAAUGAUAAAUACUGUUUAAAAUGGUGGGUAAUGGAGUUAAUAAGAUAAACGAUGUUUAUUGGUAAUUAUUUUUUGUUUCGGCCACUUGAAUAAUAAACAUGGGUCAAAUUGACCCAGGCAGAUUAUUGCUUUCCUGAACGUAACAGGGGGGUUAAAUCAUUCUAUUGUGAUCAUCUGGUGCUUAUUCCGAGUAUAUUUAUUGUAGUUUUUUUUUAAACAUAUGUUAGGCUUGACUGCCUGACAAAUUCCAGAGGCAUAAGAGGAGAAAGGAGGAAAAAAUAUUUCCCACACUGGAUGCGUUUGAGUUUCAUCCUUUGAAAUAAACAUUGCAACUCAUUCAUUC